AAACCCUAUCAUCCUCCUCUGAUUACUUCGUUCUCUUUCUUCAAAUUGAUAAGUUUUCUCCGAUUUCUUUCUCUCUUCCUGCUUAACCUGAUUUUCCAUUUAUUUAUAAAUUUACAGAAAUUUUAACAAAAUAUGUCUAGCGCUUUGGAUAUGUCCCUUGACGAUAUCAUCAAGAGCAAUAAAAAGUCCGGAUCCAGCAAAACCCGAGGACGGGGCCGAGCUUCCGGACCUGGACCUGCUCGACGAUUCACCAACCGCGGCGCUAAUAGAGCUGCGCCGUAUACCGCCCCUAAGGCGCCUGAAACGACGUGGCAGCACGACAUGUUUGCGGAUCAGGGUGUCGGGUACCCGGGACUGGCAGGUCGGUCCCCCGCUAUAGAGACUGGAACGAAGCUUUACAUUUCUAAUCUUCAUUUUGGCGUUUCAAACGAGGAUAUCAAGGAGUUGUUUUCUGAAGUUGGAGAUUUGAAGCGGUGUUCAAUCCAUUAUGAUAGGAGUGGGAGAUCGAAGGGAACAGCAGAAGUAGUCUUCUCCCGGAGAACAGAUGCUGUAGCUGCUGUCAAGAGAUAUAACAAUGUUCAGCUUGAUGGGAAACCAAUGAAGAUAGAGAUGGCAACAAAUGUUGCUACUCCUGCUGCUCCAGCUUCAAGUGGCACAUUUGUAAAUUCAAAUGGAGCUCCUAGAGGGGGACAAGGAAGAGAUGGUGCUACAGGGAGGCCACGUGGUGGCAGUGGCCGUGGAUUUGGAAGGGGUCGUGGACGUGGAAGGGGUCGUGGUGAAAAGGUAUCUGCAGAAGAUCUUGAUGCUGAUCUGGAGAAGUAUCAUUCAGAGGCAAUGCAGACAAAUUGAACUCAUUUCUUUUGUUUUCUUGGUUGGUCUUACACCUUUCUUUUGUGGCCUUUUAUGUGCUUGAUGAUGCAACAACCCCGACUAUGUUCUGUAACUUUAUAAAGUCUUUAGGAAUUACAGAAAUGCUAAGAGAGAUAUUGUUGGGAUCUUUGUAAUGGAGUUUGAGCAUCUAUUUUCUAUGGUUCUUUGACUUGGGCAUUAAA